GUGUGGUUUUUAAAGUCUACGUUUAAAGUCCAAUCUGCGGUAAGAGCUCGUGUCCGCCUGCAGGGAGCAGUAGAGGACUAACUGUGUCUACAACGCAAGAAGAAGGACUCAGAAUAGCACGACGUCCCAACAUCCUUUGCGCGUCAAACAUCUUUGAAGAGGACACGGUUAAAGGCGAACCAAGACUCUUCUGUCGACUGUUCAACUCUUAUUCAUAAUGUCUGAGGCCAUUGAUGAGAAGAUGAUGAACUACAAGACGGCACCCUUUGAUGCCCGUUUCCCCAACACCAACCAGACCCGCAACUGUUUCCAGAACUACUUGGAUUUUCACAGAUGCAACAAGGCCCUGGGAGCCAAAGACCAGGACAUUAGUCCCUGUCAGUGGUACCAGAGGGUUUACAAGAGUCUGUGUCCGACCAGCUGGGUGUCGAAGUGGGAUGAACAGAUGGAGGAGGGGUCGUUCCCUGGGAAGAUCUGAAGACCUGUUAUGGACCACAGCGUAGACUGCAGGUUACCUCUGUAGAAUUAGCCUGAUGACUGUCAUCAUCAUCAAUGUUACUACAAACACGCACAAGUCUCUGCUCUGCCUCUGUAAAGGUUUGUUCCCAGUUUUCAGUCUGUUGUCUACGACAUUGUUAAAAUAAUAAAUAUAAACCAAUUUAAAUCAAA